AUCACUUGCCGCCAGUACGGGACGCGCCGGGAAGUUAGAGGGCCUUCCUGCCCUGCUACUUUGCGCUGCCAGCGGGGCUCAUUUCCAGGUUACGGUGUACUUAGUCUGGCCGAGGCAUGCUCGGAAGGCAGGGAGGGAGCGCGCGCGCGUCUGCGCUAGGCCGGGAGGGCCCAUAUCCGGGCGGACGGGGUGGGUGGGGCCGCUGGGUGGGGCCGCCCCUCCCUCCUCGUCCCAGGCGGGUGGGGUGGGGUGGGAAGGGCGCUCAGCGAGUCCCUUCGCCCCUUCCCAUCCGAGAGGGGGCGACGGAAGCACCGCGAGGGGUGCAGGGCGUGCCCACCCUGCGGCCCGGCGCCCGGAGUGCCCCGGCCCCGGCUGGCGGCCCGGCAGGACCGACGCGAACGGGAGGGCUCGCGGAGCCGGCCGCCCGCUCCCAACUUGCCGGGGCAUCUGGUGCGGAGGGAGGGGCGGGCCAGGGCCGCGGCGGAGGAGGGGCGGCCGCAGCUGCAUCCAGCCCCGCUGGCUGCCUUCCCGGCCCUCCUAGCCGCCGCCGCCUCUUCUCCUGUAUGAGUCAGGCAUUUCCCGGGGAUUCGGAGCAGCCACGCGCGGCCCGGGCGCCCGGAGCCCCAGCCGCCGCCAGGAGCGCCAGCGCCUCCCGGUUGUGCACGGACCAUGGAGAGGGCGGCCCCGGGCGCGGACGGCGCAGGCAGCGACAGCGGCAGCCGCAGCAGCAGCCGCGCCACCUCGGCGGGCUCCUCGCCCUCCUGCUCCCUGGCGGGCCGCGGCGUCUCCGGCCGGGCGGCCGCAGCCGGGCCGGGCGGCGGGGGCAGCCGCAGCAGUCCGGGUUCGGUGGCCGCCAGUCCGUCUGGGGGAGGCGGCCGCAGGCGGGAGCCGGCGCUCGAGGGCGUGCUCAGCAAAUACACCAACCUCCUUCAGGGCUGGCAGAACAGAUGAUGAACCAGGUGGAAGGACAACAGAAGAACCUCGUGCACGCCAUCGAGUCUCUGCCCGGGUCUGGCCCCCUCACUGCCUUGGACCAGGAUCUGCUGCUCCUGAAAGCUACCUCGGCUGCCACCCUCAGCUGUCUCGGGGAGUGCCUCCACUUGCUACAGCAGAGCGUGCAGCAGGUGGGCCAGCCCAGCCACAAGCCAGGGGCCUCAGAAAACAUCCUGGGAUGGCACGGGCCCAAGUCACAUUCCACAGAGCAGUUGAAAAAUGGGACGUUUGGCUCUUUGCCAUCAGCCAGUGCCAGUGUAACCUGGGCAGUUCUACCAGACUCUGCUGAAGAUGAACCCACGUUCCAGCCAGAGCCAGAGCCAAACUCAGGCCCUGAGUUGGUUUUGUCCGAAGAUGAGAGAAGUGACACUGAAGACAUGGAAGAGACAGAGCUGGGUGUCGUGGAGGAUCAGCGCAGUGUGAUUCUGCACCUCAUCUCACAGCUCAAACUUGGCAUGGACCUGACCAGGGUGGUGCUUCCCACUUUCAUUCUGGAGAAGCGAUCCUUGCUGGAGAUGUAUGCCGACUUCAUGGCGCACCCCGACCUCCUGCUGGCCAUCGCGGCUGCUGCCACGCCGGAGGAGAGAGUCAUUUGCUUUGUGGAAUAUUAUCUCACAGCCUUCCAGGAGGGCCGCAAGGGGGCCUUGGCGAAGAAGCCCUACAACCCCAUCAUCGGGGAGACGUUCCACUGCUCCUGGGAGGUUCCCCAGGACAGGGUCAAGCCAAAGAGGACUGCUCCCCACUCUCCCACCGACCAUGAACCCCUCCUGGCUGAUGACUCUUCUAAAAGCUACAAACUAAGGUUUGUGGCUGAGCAGGUGUCCCAUCACCCACCCAUCUCCUGCUUCUACUGUGAGUGCAAGGAGAAGAGACUGUGCAUCAACACUCACAUAUGGACCAAAAGCAAGUUCAUGGGCAUGUCCGUUGGGGUCUCUAUGAUCGGGGAAGGUGUGCUGAGGCUCCUGGAACACGGGGAGGAGUACGUGUUCACCCUGCCGAGUGCCUACGCUCGCUCCAUUCUCACUGUCCCGUGGGUGGAGCUUGGAGGAAAAGUCAGCGUCGCCUGUGCCAAGACGGGGUACACAGCAACGGUGACAUUCCACACGAAGCCUUUUUACGGAGGGAAAGUCCACAGGGUCACAGCAGAAGUGAAGCACAAUCCAAGCAACACCAUUGUUUGUAAAGCCCACGGGGAGUGGAACGGUACCUUGGAAUUCACCUACAGCAACGGGGAGACCAGGGUCAUUGACACGACUGCGCUGCUGGCAUAUCCGAAGAGAAUCAGACCUCUGGAGAAGCAGGGGCCCUUGGAGUCCAGGAAGCUCUGGCGGGAGGUGACGCGACACCUGCGGCUGGGGGACAUCGACGCUGCCACUGAGCAGAAGCGGUGCCUAGAGGAGAAGCAGCGGGUGGAGGAACGGAAGCGGGAGAACCUCCGCACACCGUGGCAGCCCAAGUAUUUUAUCCAGGAGGGUGACGGCUGGGUGUACUUCAAUCCCCUUUGGAAGGCACACUGACCUGGUGGAGGUGCGGAGCUCUCAGAGCCCUGUUUUUGUAGGAAUCCAAGAGGAACAGUAUUAAGGUUCUGCUGGUAUUCACUGAGACGUCUUGAUAGCAUUCAAGAAAUGGCACUUGAGAGAGAAAUUACAUACUGUGAAAAAUGCACCCCCUAAUUCUACCAUUGGGUUGAAUUUAUUCAAGAGCCAUUUGGGGCAUGUGUGUGUGCAUACGUCUGUGUGUGAGCUCUCGGCACACUGUACGUCCACGCACGUGCACUACAUGUACAUGUCUGCUAGGUGUUAUUACAUGUAAAUACAGCACUUACCAAGAUUUAAGUGGGUCAUUAUGAGCUCCUUUUUAUCAAUAAGGUUUGAAGUUUUCUAUUUUUCACUUUGCCAAAAAUGUUUUGCACUCACCAGGGUGUUCUCACAUGGCCAACUCCCAUCGAAACAGAGGUGAAGUGGCACAGCCUCGUGGACAUCCACGGGGUAGAAAGCGGCUCAAUCCUGGUAAAGCGUAGGUGGCUGUCAUUCCAUAAGGACUGUUGUGAUUCCCGCCUCCCUCCCCUCUUCAACAUUUCAUUUUUCUAUACUCAAGGAGAAACUGCUGUUUGCUACUGAGCGGAGAGUGGGCAGGAAGCGGUUACAGAUUGAUGUCAGAGCCUUCCAGGACUGAGCACCUCUGGGAGAACUGAGAGCCAGGUGCACCUUGGCGUUUUCCUCCCAUCUACUUGCCCCAGAUCCUUUCAUGCUCAACAUGCUAGUCAUACAUGUUUUUCAAAAGCUGCUGCUUUUACAGUAGAGAAAUCAUAUGGAGACUUCACUACUUACGUGAUUAGAAAAGGGCUUUUAGAAAUUUAAUACACGCAUAUAUAUACAAACAUGCACAGCCACAGCCUCAAUUUUGUAUGUAGUUUGGGGAAAGAGAAAAGAAUUUCCUGUGGAAUUUUUUUUUUUUAAGUGCAGCUCUUGUUUGACCCAAACUGCAAGAAAAUCACUGUGAUUGAAACAUACAUAAAACCUGACAAGUGUCCAUGGUUUCAGUUGAAUUUCAGUCCUCAAUCUAUACAAAUGAAGUCAAGAUAUGACUAGAAUAUAAAGCAAGGAAAAAAAGAGGUAUUUGAUUUUUGGCUCCAUGCUUAAUUUAUUUUUUACUGUGCCACUCUAAUGAAAAUAUUUAUAAAAUCCAGUAGCAUGAAUGCUUCUCUGUUAGUAAUACUAAUUUUGUGCCUUUUGUCUGCUUUCUUAAGACCAAUUGUUCACACUUUGUAGAUAUUAGAUAAAUAUAUUUCGAAGAAAUAUUA